CUGGCCGAGGCAGACGAGACUCCAUGUUGGAUAAGAAACCCUGAGGGAAUUCACAACACUCAUCGAUGUGCGUAGAUUGUAGUAGCGUUUGACGCCCCUGCCCAUCACGCUUUCCUAAUCUUGUCAAAACGAUUGGUUGUUGUCGUUGCCUCGACGCAGUUUCCUAAUGGCGGAAACAAAGAUCAUUUACCAUAUUGACGAAGAAGAAACUCCAUAUCUUGUUAAACUUACAAUAUCACCUGAUCAAGUAACACUAGCCGAUUUCAAGAAUGUUCUCAAUCGCCCAAAUUACAAAUUUUUCUUCAAAUCAAUGGACGACGAUUUCGGUGUUGUUAAAGAAGAAAUUGUUGAUGAUGAUGCCCAUCUUCCGUGUUUCAAUGGCAGAGUGAUAUCAUGGCUAGUAUCUGCUGAAAGUAGCAUUUCAGACUCUGUAUCGCAAUGUGCAGAGAGCACUGCUACUACAGAUGGAAGGCCACCUUCUUUUCACCCUGGCCACAACAGAAGUAUGGCUGAGGAGUACACAACAGCUACAGAGACAGAAUCAGUCAUCAGUUCAAGGCACAGUGAGAGGCACAUUUUGCCCCGCUCUGGCCGUGUGCAUCGUGAAACUUAUGAAAAAUAUGAUCGCUUUGAUGUUCAAGCGCCUCGAAAUGGUCACAAUGCAAUGAGACAUAGAGUCGGGCACGAAUACGAAUCGUCUUCCAUGAUAAGCUCGGAUCUGGAGUCGACUAGCUUCGUUGACUCUGAAGAAGACGCGUCUUCGCGGAUCACAACAACGACAGACCAUACCAGUGUGUCUCGCCAAGGACGUAACCGGAGACGUAAUCGUCGCCGUCCCCGCCUACCCCCCCUUUCAUCCCGAGCUUCGUCGUUCUCUAGUAUCACGGAUUCCACCAUGUCACUCAAUAUAAUCACUGUCACCCUCAACAUGGACACAGUCAACUUUUUAGGAAUUUCCAUCGUCGGCCAGAGUCAUCAAGGUGGUGACGGUGGAAUUUACGUAGGAUCCAUAAUGAAAGGUGGUGCCGUUGCUUUGGAUGGAAGGAUCGAACCUGGUGACAUGAUCCUACAAGUCAAUGAUAUUAACUUUGAAAAUAUGUCAAAUGAUGAUGCAGUUCGUGUCCUACGGGAAGUAGUCCAAAAACCUGGUCCAAUCAAACUCGUAGUUGCGAAGUGUUGGGAUCCUAAUCCAAAAGGCUACUUUACAAUACCCCGUACCGAACCGGUUCGCCCUAUUGAUCCUGGUGCAUGGGUUGCUCACACAGAAGCAGCUAGAGGUGGAAAUCAAUACCCAAACAGGCCACCAUCGGUAGCAACAAUGUCGUCCACUACGACAUCAAUGAUGUCUAGUAUGCCAGAAACCGAACGUCCAGUUGAAGAAGCCCAACCGCUUACAGUACGCUCAGAUAUGCUCGCAAUUGUGCGAGCGAUGGCGCGUCCUGAUUCCGGGCUAGAAGUCAGAGAUCGCCUCUGGUUGAAAAUAGUAAUUCCAAGUGCGUUUAUUGGAUCAGACGUUGUCGACUGGCUCCAUAAUCGCGUGCAAGGACUAGAGGAGCGCCGUGAUGCCCGCAAGUUGGCUUCUCAGCUUUUGCGAGCUGGUUACAUUCGGCAUACAGUAAACAAGUACACGUUCUCCGAGCAAUGUUAUUACGUGUUCGGAGACCUUUGUUUGGGUGUUUCGGCUCUUCGUCUGACUGAUGACACGACGUCGGAAGCAGAUAGGGACACGCUUGCUCCAUUGCCAUUGCCGACUCCUUGGGGCAGUGGGCCUGGUGCCACAGUGCCCGGUGGAGCCACCCCUCACAUACCUUAUUACCCCACUGGUUAUGCGCCAAUGCCUUACAGCUACAGCAGUGAUCCCCUCGGAUCGGCGCCUGUACAAAGUACUACAUUCACUUAUGGGAGAGAAGGCAGCGUCCAUAGUGGAUCAGGGAGUAGUGGGUCAGAUGUGCGCAGCGGAUUGAUGGGUGGGGACAGAAGCCAACCACCUUCACUUUUGGUUGGUGCAGUGAAUCCUGUAGGACCUGGAAUCCACGGUUCGUCAAGCAGCAGCGGCUCUAGUACGGGAAGCAGCGACGGGGAUUCUCAGAUAGCAGUGAACUGUUUACCCGAUGGCCCUGCUGUUGGCGUGCGGCCGAUAGGUGGGCAAGGUGGAGACCGGCCGUUGAACCAAGUUCCAGAUGAUAUGUCGGGAUCGCGUCAGUCUUUCCGAAUGGCCAUGACAAAUCCAUGCAAUAUGAGCGAAUAUUUUGUCGACGUAAUGUGAUUGAGAAGUUUACACCUUCGCCCGUUUUUUUUGGAAGCGGAAGGUAAAGAGUAACGUAAGUCACUUCCAUCCCUAUUUUCCGCUUGGUUUUUGAAUUUAAAAAAAAAAAGAAAAGAAAAAGAAACGUUAAUUUGAGUCGUAAUUAAUGGUGCCCUUUCCUGAUAGCUAUUCCGUACGGCCUAGAUUCUUCAUAUUCAGCAGGCAGACGAAUUUUUUAAUUUGUAUUUAGUUUUUAAACAAUAUUAAGCUUACAUGGAUAAAUUUUUUCCCAAACUUGCUUUCUUUAAAUGCUAUGAGUUAACCCAUCCUCUGGCCAUUUUAUGUCAACUUGUUUCUUCUGCCACCGUAGUUAUAAUUAAGCUUCAUGAAGCAAAAACAUCUUGUUCUGGCAGCUCAAAUCAGCAGUGACGCGGUGCAAUAACUUAAAAAAAAAAUCGUGUAUCUAUCCUGUUUCUUUCGUCCUAACAGUUUCCCUGGUAUCUAUAUAAAUGAUUCAUGUUGAGAAUCUCCCUAAAGAAAAUGUGUACCAUUGUUCUUGUCGAAAUUACAUCCUUUAUUUCAACAACA